UACAGUUGACACUUUGCGAUAUAUAGGAGUUGCUUCUGUCUGCCGGUGGGAACAGGAUAUCUACAAGUUUGCCCCAGGAGCUGUGACUGAGAAAGACGGGAUGCCGCGGUCAGAAGACGUCGUCUGUAAUGCGCUCCUCAUCAAGGGUGUAUGGGAGAUCAGGACCAGAGACACGCUUCAGAAGCAGUAUAAUGACGCCGUACGGCAGGAGAAAAGUGCACUAAAAAAGAUCAAUGAGGAAUGGCAGAAUCGUAUGGGUGACAAGUACAAGCCUCGCAAGAGGAUAGAGACAACAAUCCCAGUUCCUGACGCAGCACCACCAAAACUCAGAAUCUCAGUGAGCAAAACAAAAUCAUCACCAGAAAUCAACAGACCUGGCCUCUCAGUUGGUCGUCAGCCACUGGAAAAGAAGGCCCUUGUGAAGAGUGACAAGCUGGCCUUAUUGUCUUUAUUGAAAAGCUCUCAACCUAGUGGGACAGUAUGGUCAUCAUCUUAUAAGUUUUCUAAGCUCCCAGGAGAAGGUUCAAACAAACCAGAGGGCUCAGAUUGGGGAACGGCAUGGAAAUGUUUGAAUUUUCAACCCCAGCUUAAUGGGAAAGCUUGGAUUGAGCAAGAAAAUGCUGAUAUGAGCCCCAAUGGUGAGUCAAGCUUGUGGGAAAAAUCCCCAAGGUUUGUUGAUAUGGGGCAGUCUUUGGAGAAUCACAUGUCAUCAGAGUGGGAGUCAUCUUGGAAAUAUAAGAAAUCUGGGGGGAAAAAAAGGGAUGGUGUGGCCAAUGGGCCCAAGCAUGGCCGGAUGGCUCGACUAAAGCACCUUGAAGCAUCACACCACAAAAAUGAAGAGAAAUGCUCUUCUGAAUGGAUUGAGUCUUGGAAGAGCACAAAACCAUCUGAAAAUGGGGACGUGUGUUUUGAGGAAAACAUGGUUCAAAGUGAAAAAGGUAAUCAACAGGGCAAUGAAGACCAAACUGGAUCCAAGUGGGAAGCAUCUUGGAAAUAUUUAAAUAGACAGUUCCAUUCUGUAUCAAAGUCCUCUUCAAAAAAGCCAAAGAGUUGUGGAUGGUCUGAUGCAUGGAAGAUCUCAAAACCAAUAGAGAACCACGAUGAGCCUACAGAAACCAAAAGCAUGGAUGUAAUGGAUCAUGAACCACUAGAUCCCUAUGUUCAUGGUGUGAUAAUACCUGUAUGCACGGCUGAGAAGUACAAGUACAGGAGUAACCAGUUCCGUGAGGGAAAAAACAUCCUGGCUGAAUGGGAUAAGUCUUGGGAGGCUGCAAAAAACAUUUCUAUCCUAGCAAGUGUAAAGCCAAGAAAGAAAGUGGAACCCAAGGGAGAGGAAAAGAAUGAUGAACCAAAGAAGGUAAAGGAAAGUGAAGUUGAUGGAUUGCCUAAAAAGCUCCAACCCAAAGAUAGAUUGGAAGUUUGGCAAAAUCGUAUGAAACCUCUUUCAGAAUGGGAUUCUCCUUACGAGUGGAAUGAGUCUUGGAAACUCCCCCUAUCUCAGCCUAAGAAAGACCAUUGGGCAAAUACUGCUGUGCUGAAUGGGCCAAUGGUCCUCCAACCUCAUUUGAAGAAAAGAUGUUUGACAGAUUGGAUGGAAUCCUGGAAAUGUUCAAGAUCCCGAUCUAGUUUUGGCAGGCCCUCGGCCACUGAGUGGAAAGAGUCAAGCUGUUUAGGUUAUGAACUCAGAAAAGGUCGAGAACAGUGGAUGAAGGAGAUAGGUAUUGAGAAACAUCAGGGCAAAUCUAACAAAUAUGAAGUAUUCUCUCUUCCAAAAAGAGGCAUGAGAGCAGAAAGGCAGGUGUCCAUUGGUACAAAGGACAAGUAUACAUUUGCCCCGGAAUGGAAAGACUCCAGUCAGACCGUAAAGCAUCAAAGGAGAACUGAAGUAGCCAGAGCAAGGUCUAAUAGAUCACAGCCAUUCAGAGAGCCUGAGAGAGGAGAAACACCUGUGUCUGAUUGGUCCAAUGCAUGGAAAUUUACGAAUGUUACACUGAACCAGGACAGCAGCCUUUGGGAUCAAGGCUGGUCCUCCACUGAAAAUGUUCGACAAGACAGAUGGACAAGAGAACAGGAAUUCCUGAAUGAAGAGGUUCCUCACAAUGGCCCAACUGGAUUUAGAGGAUGGGGUGACGCUUGGAGGUCCACAAGAAGACAGCACCGCGUAGAGGGCGCAACUGCAGGUCAACCUCCUCGGCAAAGACAGCAGCACAAGACAUCCCUGCUUUCUGCAGGAUGGGAGGACUCCUGGAGAGUUUCAGGCACCCAGGUCAGACAAACGCUCCGUGACAGACCCUCUAUGACAGAGUGGUCAGAUUCAUGGGAGUUCUCUGGACUCAACUGGUAUGAGUGUCCACCAAGAGAAACAUUGCUUCAAAAGUCUAUGGAGAUCGUACCAAGGAGAACCCUCCAUCGUGUGCCAAAAGUGGGGCAAAUUAGCAGAUCUUUCAACACUGAUGUGUUUAACGAGAGAGUUCCUCCAUCACAAUGGAUGGAAUCUUGGAGAGUGGCAAAACUUCAGAGACAUCACAACAGAUUCACUUUCCAAAAUAAAUCUCACUUGUCUGUCCCUCUUCAUCAGGUUGAAGAUGUUCAAGAAUGGGCUAAAACUUGGAAGUUCAUCAAUCUUCUCUCUCAACAGGACAAGUCACUCUGGGACAAUGGUUGGGAAAGCUUUGAAUUGGAAAAACGGCCUCCGGCGCCUAAAUAUGUUCCCCUCACCAAUAAAGCACAGGGAAAACAGUCAGAAUGGAGCAUGUCGUUCAAAAUAUGUGGCCCGCAGCCUCUGGAGUGGGAUGACACUCCUAAAGUAUUCCAUCAUAAAGAUAAAGUGCUGUGGUCAAGGAGAAGGUGCAAUAAUGACCUCUAUUCUCAUCUCUCCUCGAAUGCACUCUCACAGAGAUUGUGGGGCAAAUCUUGGAGAUUCAUGAAGCUAGAGAGUGUACUUUUCCCUGUAAUGUCACAGAUGAGUAACACCACAUCCAGCCAGUCUGACAAUUCACUUAUUGUGUCAAAAACGAGUAAAGCAAAGAAAAGCAUGUAUUCUGAAAUAGAAAAAAGCAAACCACAACCAAAGAGGUGGUCAGAUGCUCCAAAAUUAGCCAAAACCCAACCACGGGCAAGAGGCGGUCCCAUCAAAAGAGCCAAAGGCAAGGAAGAGGCUGAGAAUAUUUCUAUGGAAUGGGUUGACUCGUGGAAGUUUUCAAAUGAUUCAAUUAGCACCAAAGUGGAAGUAGUAUCUUGGUCUGAGUGGGGAAACUCCUGGAAGUUCCUCCUGGCCUCUUACCCUCCAGAAAAGAAAGGAAGGUCCAUUUAGGAAUAUUAGGAAUCUUGGCUUUAGUUAUUUACAGAUAAAAUCCAACUUGCCCAACAAAGUGUCCUUGAUGUUAUGUCAUCAUAGAAGUCAGUCAUCUUACAUUGUUAAUUGUAUUCAAGAACACCUAACACAAGAACCUUUAAUGUAUGCGGUAUUGGCUGGUUGAAGUAUAUUACCAAAAAUCUACAAGAGGCUGCUGAUGUUGAAUAGUAAACAUUUUGCCAUCAAAGCAUUUUCUACCAAGUGAAACUAUACUGUAAUAAAGAAGCUAUGUUGA